AUGGGUAAAAUCAAAUAUAGUAUACCAUCGACCACCCAGCAAAUAUUAACAAAUGUUGAUCAAACUAGAAUAUCCGGAAUAGCACCACUGGUUACAUUUGAUGAAAAUGGCGAUAUACCUAUAUCACCAUAUUAUAGCUAUUGUGAUAAUUUAAUUAAGGACGCUAAAUAUAACAAUGACAGUUUCUCUGUUAUACAACCACUAACUUCAUCUUCAACUACUAACAAUUUUCUAAAUAAGAAACACCAACGUUUUUAUUAUCGUUUUCGUAAUCGUCUAUUUCGUUCUUAUCCACAACAAUAUAUUAAUAAUAGAAGUAAUCAAAUUUUAAAACCACCACAGAAAUAUCGUACUCCACGUGAACGAUUGCAAUAUUAUUUACAUUUAUUGACAAAAUUUAUAUUUAGUCAAAUUGGUCUAACGAUUCUUGUUGUACUCUACGUCGGUUUUGGUGGACUUAUAUUUUAUCUAAUAGAAUCACGUCAUGAACAUGUUAAACAUCGAAGAAUUGAAUUAAAUUAUAAUUCAACAAUUGAUCGAAUUCGUCGAAUAGCUGGUGAAGAAUUUAAUUGGUCAUUAAAUAAAACAUUUGAAUUAAAUUAUGCUUUAUGGAGAGGUAUGUUAUGGAGAAAUGAUGGCAAUGAUGAAGUUGGAUGGAAAGUAAAAAUAUUUCAUGAAAAAUUUUAUCUACGAAUUGAUGCUGAAUUAAAAUUUAUGUUUCAUGAACAAGAAAAACUAAUGGAUAAAAAUGAAAAUAAUCGAGAACUACAAAAGUGGACGUAUUCUACUGCUAUGUUAUAUGCCGCUACGGUUAUCACAACUGUCGGAUAUGGUAACAUAGCUCCAAAGUCCAUUGCGGGAAAAAUUUUAACUUGUGGAUAUGCAAUGAUUGGUAUACCAAUUAUGAUUAUGUGUCUUACAAAUACCGGUGAUCUAUUAGCUUACUUCUUCAUUAAAUAUUAUUCUUAUACAAUCAGAAAAUUACAUCGAACCAUGAGAAAAUUUAGAAGUAAAAAAGAAAAUAAAUUCGAACAGGAAUGUGACGGUGAUGAUGACGAAGAGCAACAACAACAUGUUCCAAUCGCUGCUACAUUAGGUGUAUUAGGUCUGUAUAUUUUAGCUGGAGCCCUAUUAUUUUCUCAUUGGGAAGGAUGGUCUUACAUCGAUGGUGCCUAUUUUUCAUUUAUUACAUUUACAACGAUUGGUUUAGGAGACCUUGUUCCAGGUAAAAGUACAUUUACGGGAAAUAAGAAUGGUAAAUCCAUCUUAUGUGCUUUAUACUUACUUUUUGGUAUGACUCUCACGGCAAUGUCAUUUAAAUUAAUGCAAGAUGAUUUAUUUUCUAUCAAAAGAAAAUUAUUUAAAAAACUUGGCAUUAUUGACAGUGAUGAUGAAGAAGAAGAGGAGAGUAAUAAUGAGAAAAGUGGUGGUGGUUUUUUUGCAUCAAGAAAAACAUUUAAUAAAUAA